AUGCGGGCACUAAAGGGUCCCCCUACUUCCUGGCAGCGCACGUGCACCGCGGGGCUCCCGAGUGCUCCCUCUCCGGCUCUGGCUCCCUCUCCGGCCACGGCUUGGCCAGGCCGGCCUCGGCGCGGGGCAGCCAGAGCCAGCCAGCCCUCCUGGCGGAAGCGGCAGAGCGGGAGCCCCGGCGGAGCGGCGGGAGGGCCGGUGCCCGGGCGGCUUCUCUCGGGGGCGCAGGGCCAGCCAGGCUCCCUCCGGCGCGGCUUGGCGAGCAGGUUGCCAUGGCGGAGGCCGGCAGGAGGGAGAGACGCCGAGAGCAGCAGCAGCAGCAGCAGCAGGCAGCGGAGGAGGAGGAGGCAGCCUCGGCUGGGCUGUGCCCUGCAGGCGGGGGGAGCAUCCCUUCGCCGGGAGCCUCGGCGGCGGCCGAGGAGGAGGCGGGGCGGGCGCGGCGGCGGCCGGGGAAGGAGGGAGGCGGCGCAGCCCAACCCAGCCCUGCCCAGCCCUAGCCGGGCUCCACUCGGUUCCAUGCGCGCCGGGCUGUUGGCCGCAGUUUCCCGGCUCUCGGCUCCUGCUGGCCGGGACGCAGGUGGAGGAGGCAGCGGGGAGCAACGGGCGAAGCCAAGAGGCGCACACCUGAGCGCUGGCCUGGCGCCACCUGCCGCAGGGGCGCGCCGCCCAGGUGCAACUGGAAUGGCGGACCCACAGAGAAGCUGAAAGGAUGACUGUGGCCUAUGAGUUGGAGGUGGAAUAUCUUUUCUUCAUUCUGAGGACCAAAACUGGAUUGGUUUGAGGACAUUAAUGAUGAAGCUGACCUGCAUGUUCUCCUUCAUCCUGCUGUUCGGAGCAGCUGGGCUGGUUGUCUUCAUCCACCUGCAGGAUCCAGAAGAAAUUGUCCAUCAACAAAC